CCCGCAUCGCCUCUACUGCCCUAUCCCGACUGACGUUGGACAACAAAAAUGGCGGCAGGAACCAGCAAUUACUGGGAAGAUCUCAGGAAACAGGCUCGACAGCUGGAAAAUGAACUUGACCUGAAACUAGUUUCCUUCAGUAAACUAUGUACAAGUUACAGUCACAGCAAUGCCAGAGAUGGAAGACGCGACAGGUAUAGUUCUGACACAACACCACUUUUAAAUGGAUCAAGCCAAGACAGAAUGUUUGAGACUAUGGCAAUUGAGAUUGAACAGCUAUUGGCAAGGCUUACAGGGGUAAAUGAUAAAAUGGCAGAAUAUACCAACAGUGCAGGUGUCCCCUCCUUGAAUGCAGCAUUAAUGCAUACAUUACAGCGACAUAGAGACAUAUUGCAGGAUUAUACUCAUGAAUUCCAUAAAACCAAAGCAAACUUUAUGGCAAUACGGGAAAGGGAGAAUCUCAUGGGAUCAGUACGAAAAGAUAUUGAGUCAUAUAAAAGUGGGUCUGGAGUAAACAACAGAAGAACUGAACUAUUUUUAAAAGAACAUGACCACCUUCGAAACUCAGAUCGUCUGAUAGAAGAGACAAUAAGCAUUGCUAUGGCAACAAAAGAAAAUAUGACUUCACAGAGAGGAAUGUUGAAGUCAAUUCAUAGCAAAAUGAAUACUUUGGCCAAUCGUUUUCCUGCUGUGAACAGCCUGAUCCAGAGGAUCAACCUGAGGAAACGGCGAGACUCGCUCAUCCUUGGCGGUGUUAUUGGCAUCUGCACCAUCCUGCUGCUGCUGUACGCUUUCCAUUGAUGGGACAUCUCCAGGGACUCUUGACAGCCGCCACGUUCAUGCCCUGAUCUGGAAUAAGGAAAUGUAGGAGGGAGAAGUUGACUGUCCUGAUAAUUAGCCUGACCAGCAGGACGCAUUCAAGACUGAUAGCGAUGGACUCUGUGACAUGGUCAGGUUGAGCUGAAGCCACAGUUUUCCUGUGCUAUCUUUUCUAACACACAUUUUUCUGAUUUUAGUUUAAAAAGAAAAUAAAGGGGGGUUCCGGUUGCUUUUGUCUCCCUAGGAGGUAAGUAAACCAAUCAAAAACAGAGUUUCUGUGUUUCAGUAGUAGUGUGGAAGCCUGAUGAUAAGCCAGGUCUUGCAGUUGGACCCUCCUGAAAACCAGGUUUCUCUGUAUCCAAAGACUGCUUUUCUUUUAGCCACCAUAUUGGGUUGUGAGCAAAAAUAAUUCUUGUCCUCUUAUUUGACAUUCAUGAAGAGAAAUCACAAGUCCUUUCUUGAUAAUCUGUGCUAUAGAUUUCUACUUUGUGCCCUCAAUUCCUUUGGUAUUCAAGGAAAAUUCCGUUUUUUCAUAGAUUCUUUGAGAUGCUGAUAGGCCAACUUCAGCAUGUUUGAGGUUGUCUGAAAUGGAGAACACUGCAAAAUAGCGUUUGUCUUUUUUUUUUUUUUUUUUUUAAUUGUGAGCACAUUGUGGUUAACUGUAUUGCUGGAAAAACAUCAAGGAUGAUAGGCUAUUUUUUAAGGAACCAGUCAUUGUUAUGAUUUUUUUUGUUUACUUCUCCCACUGGAUUAAUAUUCACUACUACAAGAAAAUGAAAUCUUAGUUCUACCAUGACAAAGGAAACUAAUAGCCAGUGUCUGCCAACGCCCUCAGCUAUUCCGCAUCAUGUCAAGAUUAACACCGGUAACUGAGUGAGGGGACUGCUUGGUUUUCAGUGAAAGAUUUCAUUGAAACCAGCAAGAUGUAAAAAGGUAUUGAGGGGUCACUAUCCAGAUAAUUCCGUUUGUAAGUGCUCCAUAACUUAUAAAAAAGUUUAAGAACUAUUGCCUGAUGUACCAGGAAUCCUGUGUUCUGUGAAAAUAUGUUCAUUCCAAAUCUGUUAAGCUUUUCCAAACAUCCAGAGAGUGGUUUCACUGUUGAAGGUGCAUGUAGCAGAAUCUAUCUCUGUCUGCACCUGUCUUCUAUUACCAUCUCUGGACAGUGACAAAAUUUUAAACAACCCACCAGAAUUCUUUUCAAGUUUAACCAUUUCUCAGUUUCUGUAAAUUCAUUACUUGUCUUACUGAACUACCACAUAGUUCAAAGACUUCCGACAUCUACACUUCUCACCAAAAAAGACUGCUCUUCACCAUUGGAAUUUACUACGAUAUUUAUAGUAUUGGCUUUAAACUGUGCCACUAGGAAUAAAAAUAUUAGCAUUUAGUUCUUGACUACAUCAUGGUGUAUAGAUGCAGUUAUUCCAGUGAACUUGAUUUACAGGCUAACGGGUAGAAUAACACCCAGUCUGGUACAGAGACUGAGAGGUUUUUCAUUCUGGUGGUCAAAAGUUUCAUUACAUUCUAGGUAUGAAGGGCAUUUGAUAUAUUUUUCUUAACUAUGGGGUUUAUUUUUCUAAGUAUGGGUUGAUUGAUCAGUUCAUUGACUGGGGAUGCCCUUAAAAGAAAGUUAUGUUUUCCCAGUGUGAACCUUAAAGGAUCAGGGAAGUAAGUUCAUUGAUUAAAUUCUCUGUUGGGAGAACAAAACUCUCCCCUGAUACUUUAUUAUCUUUGAUUUUUCAAAGGGCCUUGAUUGGUGGUUAUGUCUCGGCUAGAAUUUAUGGGACUUUGGAAGCUAUAUAGUUGGCAUUUAUAAAAUCUGAAGUAUCAUAAAUAAAGUUAUUUAUUUAAUUAUUCUACCAGUCUUUUUUACUGGUCUGAUUAUUUGGUGCAUUCAUUAUAACUAAUUGUGUGAGAAUAAAACUAGGACACAAGCUAAUCUAGCUUGCUGCAGCUAAGCAAGCAGACCACUUUGAUGGCUGGUGAGCCUUUCCAUUAGGGUUAUGCUUAGAUGAAGUAGUAGGAUUAUGUUGGUUAUUUUCCUUAUGAAAAUAAAGAAACCAGUUCUUCCGAGGAAGUUGAAAAAGCAUGGUGUAGACGUUGGUGUCAGAGAGGUCUGACUAACCUCCCAGUGCUGUAGCCCAUAGUGAGGUGACCCAGGGCCAAAUGGAGCCAGUGAGGACAGUGCUCUUACUUUCCUCUGUGGUUCCUUCAUUGGCAGAAAGCAAGCUUGAGCAAGGAAGUAGAGGUGUGGUGUUUACAGGAAGGGGCUCAGUUUGGAUGCUGUGAUAGCUGAUUUGGACUCUUUCAGUUUCAUGCCAUUUACCUUUUUGUUCAGCCAUCUUGGUAUGCUCCCUUUUUUGCUGUCCUCUUUACAGACUAGUUGCUAGGCUUAGGGGCUAACACUUAGCUACUUGUUCCCGUCAGAGCCGGGAAGUCGGAAGGAAUUUUCUACUGGUUCCAAAUAAAUAUUGCCUCUUAGGAGAAGUUAUGCUCCUUCAGCCAUUGUCUUAAGUAAGGAAUCUUUCCUUUUUGGAUCUUUUGAGUAUCUGCUCAAAACUCCACUAAAAAAUGUGAAAAACCAUGGCAACAGAAAGGGCAGAAAAUUCCAAAAGGUAUAUUUCUGAUAUUAUGUUUUAAUGUGUAUUGAUGACUUUAGUAAAAAUAUUUAACAAAUCUAUUACUCAAGUUCAAGCUCACAUGUUCAGGUGCUUCAAUGUAUCCACCCUGGCAAUCUCUGCAUUCUUUUCAUUUUCGUUGGUGAUGCUGAAGGACCCGCAUUGCUCACUUUUAUUUUUCUUGUGUUAGAAAAGGGCUUUCCUUUUCCACUAUUCCUCUGCCUUUUUCUGUGCUGCCUGGUACUCAGACUGGGCAUGGGAGUAAACGCCUAAGAAUGCAGGCAGGUAAUGAGAGGAGACAUCAUGGGGGCACUUUUUAUACCUGGAACCAAAUAAUUUUUACUUUAGUUCUUUCAUACUAGUUGUGAAUACAUCUGAGGAGAAAAAUACUUAUUGAGCCUCUUGAUGUGAUGCAGUGGUUCUUGGCCUCUGUCGCAAUUGAGGCACCUUGGAGUUGCAUUCCCACCAUUAAUUUUCUGUUCAAAUGUUAAUGAUCUCAACCUGAUGAAAAUGACUUUGAAGAACUGGACUAGCCUUUUGGUUUUUAAUACCUCGUGUUUGAUCAUUAGUGAAAUAGGAUUUUUGGAAAUUGGUUGACUGAAUUUUCUAACUUGUAAUAUUAAGCUAUUGGGAAUAAAUGACCAUGUCAAGUGUUACACUGAAUUUUGUGGCAAAUAUAACUAAAGAACAAAUGGAUUCUACUCAGAAAAUUACAAUGAUUGUGUUACAUUCUCCUUUUAGGUUAGGGGUUGUUUAGCCUGGUCUCCAAAAAAAUGCAUAACUUUUCACCAUGGUCUGAAUAAACUAAUCUUGUUUAUUCCUUUAUAAACCUGCAUACCCUUAAGUUUUAUAGGCAAAAAGAAAAUGAAGGAGGAACAAGUGAAUUUUAAGGAUGUUUAUUGGAUAAGAAGCUGAAAUGAAGCUGAGCCAUGGUCUUAAAGGGUCUUUCUCAUUUUCUCUGUGCCUAAGAUCUCCCUUUAGUAUCAAAGUAUUUGCAUCCAUUCCUGCCUUGUUGGCUCUUACAGAGGAAGGGAAAUCGAUUUUAGUCACACUUUAUUAUGAUGGAAGAUGUUUCCUCGUGAAAAAUGCCAAUACAGAUUUUUUAAAAAUGAUUCUUUUCCAAAUGCACUUUCUAAUUUUUUGCUUUUAAAAUCGCUUCUUGGAACCAAUUUUGUUGUAUUUGUACUUAAUUUUUGUUCUCAUCUAAAUGUGCAUUUUCUGACUGUAUAGAAGAAGCUUUGUUAUGUAAUUUAAUAAUAAAUUAGAAAUCUAAAUG